UUUUUUUUGGUUUCGACAUUACUCUUUAAAAGGGGUGUUUUCUUCCUUUUAUUCUUGUUUCUUAUUAUUGUUAAGAAAACUACUUUUAUAAAAUAUAUUGUUUUCUUUAUAUUCAAUUUUUUUAUUUUUUUUUUUGUAUAUCCAACUCAUGUCCACCAACUCGAUCAAGAUCUUCACGGGUAAUGCUCACCCAGAAUUAGCAAAGAUGGUAGCUCGACAUAUUGGUAUUGACCUUGCCAUGGCAACAGUGAAAAAAUUCUCGAAUCAAGAAACAUCGGUAGCGAUUGGAGAGUCAGUUAGGGAUGAAGACGUGUUUAUCAUACAGUCCGGCUGUGGGGAAAUCAACGACCAUUUGAUGGAACUUCUUAUCAUGAUCAAUGCCUGUAAAGCCGCCUCUGCACGCCGCAUUACCGCAGUCAUCCCAUGCUUUUUUUAUGCUCGUCAAGAUAAAAAGGACAAAUCGCGUGCUCCCAUUACUGCCAAGUUGACUGCCAAUAUGUUAACUGUCGCUGGUGCUGAUCAUAUCAUUACUAUGGAUUUACAUGCUUCUCAGAUUCAAGGCUUUUUCAAUAUCCCUGUGGAUAAUCUUUAUUGUGAACUUUCUAUGGUCAAGUAUAUUCAAACUAAUAUUCCUGAUUGGAAAAAUGCUAUCAUUGUCUCUCCUGAUGCUGGUGGUGCAAAACGUGCCACUUCCAUUGCCGAUAGGUUAAACUUGGAUUUUGCUUUGAUUCAUAAAGAACGAAAAAAAGCCAAUGAAGUAUCACGAAUGGUAUUGGUGGGUGAUGUACAUGAGAAAAUCGCUAUCUUGGUGGAUGAUAUUGCCGAUACUUGUGGUACACUGGGUUUGGCUGCAAAAACUUUGGUAGAAAAUGGUGCAGAAAAAGUCUAUGGUAUUGCUGUUCAUGGUGUAUUAUCUGGAAAUGCCAUUCAAGUCAUUAACGAAUCCGUCAUUGAAAAAAUGAUUGUUUCCAAUACCAUUCCUCAUGAAGAUAAGAAGGCUCUUUGUCCUAAAUUGGAUACGAUCGAUGUAUCUGGCACUUUGGCUGAAGCUAUUCGAAGAACACAUAAUGGUGAAUCUGUAUCUUACUUAUUUUCUCCUCAUUGUAUGUAGACUUACUCUCAAUGAAAUACUCCUCCACCAUCAUCCAGUCAGCAUAUCAUAUAUAGAAAUCCUUUCUCAAAGUAAGAUGAAUACUUUUGUUCUCUUAUUUGUUAGUUUUUUAUUAUUAUUAUUGUUUUUACUUCUUGUGUUGUCUACCAUAUUAUAUAUUUUUACUUUUAUUUACAUCUAUAUAUAUCAUCUUUGUAUUAUGAAUAAUAAUAAUAAUAAUAAUAAAAUGAC